UCGUAGUUACCUUGUGACUCCCACACUGGGGACUUAAACUAAAGGAGACUAGAGCAGAGGAAGACUAUCUUUACCGCACGAAGGCGAAGAGCAUGGCAUGAAGAGCAUCGCUUCUUUUUCUUCUUCCUCCUUUUCUUUUUCUUUCUUUUGUGUGACUUGAAAAUAAACUACUCGAUGUUUCUCUCGUCUUGAAGGGACCGACAACGGGAUUUUCUUCUUCCCCCCUCAAUACACACAAAAGUGGGGUCAGUCCUUAACCGAGGCGGGUGGAUGAGUUGUGUGGAUGUUAUUUCUUGGAUUUUUUCCACCGGGCUGUGUGUUACCGCGGCCCAAAGACAGCAACAGUGUGCGGAAAAGUAGAUUUGUGUGUGAAACAUAUGGCUUCAACGAGGACGACACGCUGGAUGCUUGGUGAAGCAUGGUGGUGAAGAUGGUUAGAAUGCACUUAACGGGGCCGCUGUCAUGGGGCUGGUGCAAAUGGUCAAGUGUAACAGGAAUGGGAGUCCUGUAUCUGCUGAUGCUAUCAACCUGCCUUGGCCAAGACACGGAAGACUGGCAAUAUGAGGAAUGCAAACUUUCCCGCUCGGGUCCUCCUGCUACCAUAGUUGCCAUCGAUGAAGAAAGCCCCAACGGAACAUUGUUGGUGGACAACAUGCACAUCAACGGCGUGGCUGAAGGUCCGGAUCGAACCAUCUCUCUGUCCCUGAGGGACAACAACGAUCGCUGGGUCAUUCUUGACCCUUCCAAACAAGCCCUUUACCUAAACAGCACGGGACGGGUUCUGGACAGAGAUCCCCCCUCGUACAUUCACUCCAUCGUGGUUCAGGUUCAGUGUACCAAUGAGCUGAUAGGCACUGUGAUUUUACACGAGGUCCGCAUCGUUGUUCGAGACCGCAACGACAACGUGCCCCGUUUCCAGCAGCCGAGAUACUACGUCGCCGUGAAUGAGCUGACUCCAGUUGGAACGACUAUCUUUUCUGGUUUCUCAGGAAACAAUGGAGCAACAGACAUUGAUGACGGUCCCAAUGGACAGAUAGAGUACACCAUCCAGUACAAUCCGAGAGACCCGACAGCUAACAGAACCUUUGACAUCCCGCUGACACUGUUUGGCUCUGUAGUUCUCAGAGAAAGACUCAACUAUGAGGAUAUAACAAGAUACCUAGUCAUCAUACAAGCUAAUGAUCGAGCCCCUAAUCCAAGUGACCGUCGAACAGCCACCACCACACUAACUGUGGAUGUACUGGACGGUGAUGAUUUGGGUCCAAUGUUUCUACCAUGUACGCUUGUGGGAAAUACCCGUGAUUGUAGUCCCAUCACGUAUAAGGCUAAUGUGCUUGAGCUGACCGAGCCGAGUAAGGUGAAUCCGCUCAAUGUGACUCCACCCAUACAAGCUGUGGACCAGGACAGAAACAUACAACCUCCCUCUGACAGGCCGGGGAUCCUGUAUUCCAUCCUUAUUGGCAAACCAGAGUCCUAUGUAGAAUAUUUCCGCUUAAACAGAACCACAGCAGAACUUCUGCUACUGAAGCCCAUCGACAGAGAGCACUACCACAGAUUUGAUCUGGUGAUCAAGGCAGAACAGGACAACGGCCACCCCCUGCCAGCUUUCGCCAGCCUUCAAAUCGAAGUUCUGGAUGAAAACAACCAGGCACCCUACUUCCUGCAGCCUAGUUACCAUGGCUACAUCAGUGAGGCAUCGCCAGUGGGAACCACCAUAGCGACCAGCGCCAGCCUAUCUGUACCACUGGCCAUAAUAGCACUGGAUAAUGAUGUGGAGGAGACACGGGAUCCGCAGCUUCAAUUCUCACUGGACAGCUAUUCUCAUGUUUUCUCUGUAUCUGCUACUGGAAUCAAAAGAUACCUCACUCUGGUGCAGCCUGUCGACAGAGAGACACAAGACUCCUACACAUUCACGCUUGUAGCAUCAGACGGUGUCCAGGAGAGCACUGCAGUUACCGUGGCCAUAACAGUGUUGGAUGCUAAUGACAACACUCCAACCUUUCCUAACGUUUCCUAUAAUGUGAACCUGUUUAUCGACAUGAUGCCUGGAGAAGCCGUGUUACAGCUGUCAGCAUUUGACUCUGAUGCAGGUCAAAACGGUCUCAUCACGUAUCGGAUUUUGGCUGGUCACCAAGGACACUUUGUCAUAGGCAACAGCAGUGGGAUCAUCACUGUGGCACCAGGCGUGCAGCUAAGUGUUGGGCAGAGCUAUGCGUUGACCGUAGAAGCCAUGGACAACGGGCCUGAACCCCACCGAAGGUCAUCCAUUACUACGGUCUACAUUGAAGUUUUGCCACCAAACAACCAGAGCCCUCCUCGUUUUCCGCGGCAACAAUACAACUUGGAGAUCAGUGAAGCUAUGAGGACUGGGGCUACACUUCUUAAUCUGCAGGCAGUGGAUCGGGAGAGGGACCCCAUAACCUACAAAAUCCAAAGCGGAGACAUCCAGGAACAUUUUGCACUACAACAAAAUUCAGGCUGUUUGGUUCUGGACAAACCUCUGGACAGGGAGACUCUGGAUUAUUACACCCUGGUGGUGACAGCCUCAGACGGACACCCAGAAGGAACGUCUACAGCGACGGUGAACAUUGUGGUGACUGACGUUAAUGACAACGACCCGCUGUUCGAUACUUCCCUGCCAGUGAACCUCACUGUCAUUGAGGAGCAGAAACACGCCUACGUUGGACAGGUUAAGGCUACAGAUCCAGAUCUGGGGGCAAGCGGUCAGGUCCAUUAUCGGCUCGUCAACCACCAGGGGCUGUUUUCCAUCAAUGCCACUGGAACCAUUACAACUGCAGUGCCACUGGACAGAGAGGUUAAAGGCCAUUACUAUCUCACGGUUGAAGCCUGGGAUGGUGCAGAGAAUCCACGGCGAUCCAGAUUAACACUUCGUGUCACCGUUCUGGAUAUAGACGACAACAGCCCAAUAUUCACCCAACAAACUUACAAUGUCAAUCUACCGGAGAACAGCCCAAAGGGCACUGUUAUAUUACAAUUAAAGGCGACAGACGCUGACCUCAACUCCAACCUUACUUACCGAAUCAGAACCGAAGGCUCGGACCAGGACAUCACUCAGCUGUUCCACAUCGACUCCAGAACAGGCGAGCUUUCAGUUCUCAAGGUUCCGGACUUCGAGGCUCUGUCUGAGUCAGAGCCCACAUACACGUUCACUGUAGAGGCCCUGGACACAAAGGGAAACAUGCCUCCUGGACUAGCCUCUGUUACAGUCAGAAUAACGGACAUGAAUGACUUUUCUCCAGUAUUCAGCCAGUCAGUGUACCGAGGCAUGGUUGCCCCUAAUGCUGUCAAGGGAACCAUCGUAACCACAGUGAUGGCCAAUGACUCUGACCCUGCGGGUACUCCAGCAGGUUUAGUACGUUAUAAGGUGGACCAGGAGGCGUAUCCAUACUCAGCCAGUAUAUUUGGCGUAGAAGAACAGACCGGACGUGUGGUUACCAGAGUGAACCUGAACGAGGAGCCGAACAUGAAGUUCAGCCUGGUGGUGGUGGCAUACGAUCAUGGUGAGCCUGUAAUGAAGAAUACAACUCUGGUAGAGAUCACAGUCCUUCAGCCCUCUGUUAUCCCUGUCUUCACCCGGGAAGAAUACAGGUUUCUGCCAGUCAGCGAGGAGGCUGCUGUUGGAACCCCAGUGGGAGUCAUCUUAGCAUCUGCUGUCAAUCAAACUAUCGUGUACUCCAUCAUCGAAGGCAACGAGGGUGGUGUGUUUGCUUUAAAUGAAACAACAGGAGUCAUUUACACUGCCAAACCCCUGGACUAUGAGACCAAUGCCAGCUAUGUUUUGAAGGUAGAGGCGGACUCCAUGAGAGUGGUGUCUUCAAACCUGCGAGCUCCCUCAAAAACUAACACAGCUAAAGUGGUGAUUGAUGUCCAGGAUGAAAAUGACCAUGCGCCAGAAUUCAUUAGACCUCUCUACAUUGGAGGAGUUGCAGAAGACUCCAAAACCUUCACCUCAGUCUUGCAAGUACAGGCCCUGGACAAAGACACUGGUAACUACAGUUCUAUAAUAUACCGUCUGAUCGUCCCCCCUCCAGCUAGUAAAGACACUAAAGACACCAAAGAUGGCUUUAUCAUUGAACCGUACAGCGGCGUUGUGAAGACUGCUAUCAUGUACCGCAAUAUGAGGAGGUCGUAUUUUAAGUUUGAGGUGGUUGCUACAGACAACUAUGGUCAAGGACACAGCAGCAAAGCAGACAUAGUGGUGUCAGUCGUGAACCAGCUGGACAUGCAGGUCGUUGUAUCAAAUGUCCCUCCUACGUACGUGGAGAAAAACAAAGAGAAGCUUCUGAGCAUUUUGGAACGCUAUGUCCAGGAACAGAUACCAGGAGCAAAGGUUGUCGUGGAAACCAUCGGGCCUCACCGCCAUGGGGAUGGGAUGGAGCAGGAAGACUACACCAAGUCAGACCUUAUGAUUUAUGCCAUCGACCCACUGACGAAUAGAGCUGUAUCAAGGCAGGAGCUCUACAAGUUUCUUGAUGGUAAACUUUUGGACAUCAAUAAAGAGUUUCAGCCCUUUCUCCCUCCUGGUGGCCGGAUUUUGGAAAUCCGAACUCCUGAAGUGGUUACCAGUGUAAAGAAAGCUGUGCAGACUGUAGGCUACACAGAGGGGGCGCUGUUGGCUCUGGCUGUCAUUAUCAUUAUCUGUUGUGUACCCGCCAUACUGAUUGUCAUAAUCACCUACAAACAAUUCAAAGAGCGUCAAGCAGAGUGUGCCAAAACAGCCCGCAUCCAGAUGGCACUGCCAACAGGCAAACCUGGGGGAGGCACUGCCAACAACCUGUAUGAAGAGCUGGGUGACAACGCCAUGUACGACCUUCCUCAGUACGGCAGCCGCAGGAAGCUGAUCUCGCCCUCUGGCCUCUAUGAUGAAUAUGGAGAAGUCGUUGUUGACGAUGACGGCAGCUACUACUACAGCCCACAGGAGUCUGAUGGAGAGCAGGGCAGCAGAAAACGUCGGGUCAAGUUGGUGUUUGACCGAGAGUACGAGACCAGCUCCACGGGUGAGGAAAGCGCACCAGAAACCCAACGUGGGCGCUUGUCCUCCACCCACAACAGCCAAGUCAACGUUAACGGGAGCAUCUACGUGGCCCAGAAUGGCUCCAUCAUCCGCACCCGACGCUCAGUAAACACCACAGGGCCCACGCAAACCACUACUACGAACAACAACCUCAAACUCCCCUCUCCUAUCUUCAGCUCAAGGCUGGCAAAGCACUUUAAAAAACUAGACAAAAUGGCUGCCACACUGGAAGAAAGAGUUCCCCUGAACAGCUUCAGAACGACGCCGGACGGCGGGUGCAACACACUCCGCACCUUCCAGAGCUCGGGAACGGUUGCCACCACGACAACCACGUCCUCUUUCUCCAACCCUGACAGCAAAACGCUGAAUGUGUUCAACACGCGACAAUCCAGCGUUUCUUCAGGGUCAACCACCACCAGCAACGCAGGCCCGGAAAGCGUGGCGUCGAAAUCGAACCUGCUCAAAGCGGCACAGGAAGGCACGGAGCAGCCCCAGAGCACAGCGGAGAGAAACGAGUCGGAAGAAGGUGAGAGAGAGUCCAAGGUAGACGGCAGUAACGACGACACGGACGGACUCGUCAUCAGAGAGCCGCUGGAGUGCCCGAGUGACAGAACGCAGUCGGACGAGGAGGAGUUAUGGAUGGGGCCGUGGAACAGCCUUCACAUACCCAUGACCAAACUCUGACUGAACGCUACGCCACUGUGCUCGUUCCAUAUUGCCAAGAUCACUGAAACAUUGAGACAUGAUUUCUGUUCAUUAGUUGUGGAACUAACAGGGAUGCUCCAGGUCAAUUGGAAGAAAUCUAAUUACAUGAUUUGCUAGUCUGUUGUUUGUGAUGGAAGAUUCCUCACAUAUCAGCUAGUAGAACUUUAUUUUAUUUACAUUCAGAGAAGUGAUGGAACUAUAUUUGAAGCAAAAACAGAACAAAUUCAUUGGCGUUUAAUUGGUUAUUUGGAUUACUUAUUAAAUGUCACUUUUUUGUACCUUCUCCACUGAAACUGACCUGAUUUCAGAGCUGCAACACCUUUAGAAAACUGGACCUAAACUGAGAGGACUUAUAUUUUUACUUUGAUAGCAGAGGCAAAGGUGCGUGAACUUUUUAAUGGCCCUUUAAGCGACUGGUGUCUGUAUGGACUCAUUCAGUAUUACGACUACUGACGCAACUCAUCUUGAAUUUGCCUGACAUGUUUCAUUAACACAUGAAGUCGUGUAUUGUUCACACUUGCCUUUUUAUCCUUGUAAAGUUGCUUAGCAGACUUUAUCCAAAUAAAAUU